AUGCUGAAUUUUUUUGCUGAAGUUAUUUAUUUUGUUUAGUGUAUUCUUUUUGGGUUUAAGCGCCAUCACUGUUGAUUUUUGUAGUUUUUAAAAGAACAACUCCGUGAGUCUUUGUGUCAGACUUUAUUCAGGUUGACGCUGAGUUGAGGUUAGCACGUGAAAAACGUCGGCGUUUGUGUCGCUGCGUGUCUGCUGACUGUUAUUCUGUGACAAGGCCAAGAUGGAUUAUCAGUUCCCGCAGCAGCUGUUUCCUUCUUAUUUCUUCGGCGGACCUCCGGACUGGUUGUCCGGUCACGGAUCUGGAAAACUGUGCAGUUACGGCCGAGUCAAACCGCAGGGCGGUCCUGGUCUUCCCUCCAGUUGGACCUCCAAACACCAGGCCAGAGGGGACACAUGGUGUCAUACUGAGCCGGUUCCACUUCCCCUUCUGUCUCCAAAGCACUCAUUCCUUUGGUCUUCAACACCGCCAGACCCGCUGGACUUUACAGAACAUAUGCAGAACUUUUUCGUAGAUCACUGCCAAGACGCCUUCUGCAACAUCGGUGAACUUUUGGCAGACAACUUCUGCUUUGAAAAGACGCGGAGAAAGGGGGCUCAACGGGAUUCUGUUUGUAUGUGGAGGGUGAAAAACUUUCUGGACAUGCUGAAAUAUAAAAUAUGUCCACUCGGGUUUGAUUAUCCUACAAUGAAUGCGUACAGCGUGCUGUUAGCAGACAGCGUUCACGCCGUGCCCCCGGAGCUGCUGAGCUCUUUGCUGUACGAAGAGCUGACGGAGCAGAGAGACAGACUUCUGUUCUCUGAAUCCACCACAGGAGGCGCUCUGGCUUUCAUACCAUUCUCAUCUCCCAAUAAUACAGACUCAAAACCAGGCUGCCUCGUGUACCCUGGAAACCGAGGCCUGGACCGCCUCAACUUCCACAGGGUGGCGCUGCUCUUCCGCAGAGAACAACCAGUCUGCUUGGACACCAGCAGCCACAAAGCACGGAGUUUCCAGCUGAAAGGUCCCAUCAAGCAGAUUAGCGCCGCCUCCGUGUUUGAUCAUUGCUGUGUCGGCGUGCGGUCGGAUUACCUGUGUGGCCUUUGGCGAUUCCAUGAAACAAAUGAACCUCGUCUGCUAGAAGUUGUCAAAACCAAGGAAGUCGUGACCUGCGUCAGUGUCAGUCCUCAUGUUUCAGGUGAAGUUCUGGUCACCAGUGAGAGUGGAGCAGCAAACCUGUGGACUGUCGGUAAAGGGACCCAGAAGGUUCGACAGGAAGACAGCAACCUGUACUUCAAUGCCAAGUCGUCAUGGAGAUGGUGCCACUUCUCUGCCCACCCGCGGGUGAUGGUGUAUGCAGACAGGACAGGGGCGGAGCUCACAGACAUCAGGCUCAGCCCGUCUUCCUCUCACACUCUGUUUCGGAUCAGUAAGACCUCAGAGUGUUGCAGUGGGGAGAGACUCCUGCUCUCUCGACACCUGGAUGAUAUCCACUCUUUCCACCACCUCAUUACCACUCAGAACUCUGCUUACAUAGUGGAUGAACGAUUUCCCUGCAUCCCCAUGCUGAAGUGGGAUCACAUGAUGCUGUCUCCGCCCGUUUUUUGUGAUGUCCUUCCUGGCUCUGUCUCCACAGUGGGUGGGGCUAGAACAACCAACAUCCUGCUAGGAUCGCAGAGGUCUCAGGAAGUGGUGCUGUUGCAGUACUCAGGAGGAGGAGUGGAUGCCUGUUCCAGCCACGGUCCUCCUCAGACUCUGCUUAAACCCAGCGAUGUCCUGAAACAUCUUCCAGGUCAGAUCCCACACCGCAGAGAAACCGCCAGCAACAGACUGUCCUCAGCGGCUGCAGGUUUGUCGUGCAUCCAGAUGCGCAGCGGCGCAGGAGGCAGCGAGGAUUGUAUCUGCGUUUUGCAGCUGACGGAGGUGGGAGAUAUAUUCUACCAAACCCUCGUUCCACAGCAGUCCGACUUCAAGACGAGUCGGCUGCUGGUGCCGGAGGAGGAACCGCCGUCUCAGCAGAAAACUUUGGAUGAACGAACGCAGCAGCCAGCGACGCCACCGGAGUCGCAGCUUCUAUUUUUAGACUCGUCCAGCGAUGAUGAUGUGAUUGCACCAACUCAGAAUCUGAAAGCACAAAAGAAGGAAGAUGCUGCUGUCGGGACAGAUGACGACACCUCCUCUGAGGAUGCAGAGUCAGACAGGAAACGCCCGAACCUGAAGGGGCUGCAGGUCGUCAUUAAUGAUGAUCCAGAUCAGCUGGAUGUGUCCACAGACUUGAUCGCUGACUGUACUGAAGGCUGUGGUCUACGGACAAGAAGCAGCAGGUCUCCUCGUUGUGUCGCUCAGCAGACUGUGCCAACGCUCAGCGAUGACGCUCUCGCCACGUGGAAGCGUUGGCUCCAGAAAAUGAUACAAAAGGCCCAGAAAAUAAGCCCACGUCCAAACUCUCGGGAGAACAGGCUGAUAAAGAACUCAGAUCUGUUCUGUGCACCUGAUGACAUGGCCAGAAGUCUGGCGAUGGAGGACCAGAGGCGAGCUUUGAGAGCAUGUAUGGCUAAGCGGUCGCUGCUGGUUGGCGACACUGUUUCUGCCUCUCACAGCUCUGAAAAGACACCGCCUUUGUUGAACCUGGUGGACACCGACGCGUGGACGGAUGAUCUUAGCCAGCGACUGACGCUGUCCUGGCAAGGGGAUGAAGGUUGGAGGGAGUGGUGGGAGGACCGCCUGGGACUCAACAGGGAGGAAAGGGAGGAGAAGCUGCGGAGGAGGAGGAGGAAGGACAAGGAGGCAAGGAGAAUUGCCAGGCAGCAGAUGGCACUUUCCAGGAGCUUCACCUCAUCCAUCAGCUACCAGAUGGAGCUGGAUGAUCUUACCGACUGGAAGGGCUGGUCAUCUGAGGCUAGUCAGGGGGUGUGGUCAGAUGCUGAAGGUAUGAGCGCGUCGUACCAACAAGAGGGCAGUUUGGUAUGUGAAACACCACGAGCCACAACGCUGACGGACACCGCGGCUGCCACGGUGACUCCCAGGACACCAAGAGCUGCCACACCAACAGCCAAGACACUCAGCACACGUCCAGGAACAGAAGAACAGCACUGUGGGCAGCUGCCAACCAUACCCAGCAGCGCUGCCAUCUUUAGCUUGUCCCAGCCAUCAGAGCCUGACUCUGCCCCCGUUACUCAGAGAACUAAACGUCCACAUGAGAAUUACUUCAAUCCUCUGCUUGCUCUGCAGGAUGAUCCUUCACACAAUGACUAUUUCCUGGAGCCGGAGGGGAACACCGCUGCCACAUCUUCUCAACUUAUUGGUUCUCGGAUUUCAAGUCACAGAGGACUCUGUCUGUCCCAGAAUUCCCUGGGUCAACGGACGCAGGCGUCUCACCCCAAGAAGAAAUCUCGAAUGGGAUUCUGAUUGGAUUAUUGGCAUGUGCCCUCUCCCAAAGCUGUCUUUUUGUUACUAAAGUAACAUCUCUGUUCUGGUGUGGAUUCUAAUUCCCAAAGUGAAUAUGAAAUCCAGGCUGACACACCUAUUCCACGGGGUGCUGUUCUACUACGAUCUCCCCCACGAUCCAGAAAAAGUCCAAAAACUGGAUGGAGACGGCUUACUCUGGCAGGUCUAUCAAACUGGCUUAUAAACUGCAGACCUGACAACUGUUUGGCUUAUAAAGCAGAUACCUGGCAACCUGCGCCAAUACAAAAGUUAAGUUGUGCCUGGCUGCGUUCUUAGGCAGAACUGCAACAAACGCUGCUUUUGCUUCAGAUUUUUACCCUGAUGGAACUCAGUCAAACAAGUAUCAAGUUGUACUCACUAGGACUACCCCUUUUAAAGAUGUUUAAUUGAAUGUUUGAUUGAAGCGGUUAAGAAUAAAAAAAUGUUUUUGACCAGCUCAAAAAUUUCACCUGUUUCAAAACUGGUGCUGAUUAUGGCUCCAUAUACCAAGUUUAUUCAAGAUUGACAAAAGAUGGAUCAAGAAGUUAAUGUGAUGCUUCAAAACACAUCCUGAUUUGCUGUUCAAGAUUGAUCAGCGCUCUGUGGAAUAGGGGUAUAACCGGUGUGCUGUGUUUUUCAAACAGUUCAUGCUGAUCAGGAUUUUUAAAAGCCUGGAUUGUGUAACGGCUCGUUAAAUUGUUCUCCAUUUGGGACACUGCUAACUUUUGUCUAUGGGUCAGAGGUUACCAAAGAUUAAAAUGUCUAGUUUUAAGUAAGCCUGUUUAUCACAGAAAAGUUCUAAACAGAAUGUCAAACAAAAAAAGUAACGUGUUGUGGAACGUGUUGCUAAUAUGGAACAAAAAAGUUUGUUCAAUGUAACAGGUAAAGAAUUCAAGUGGAAACACAAAUGGUGAAACUGCCACUCAACAUGUCAGGUCCAAUAAAUAUCUCAUUAGUAUGCAAAUUUAUGCAUAGUUUCUGAAAAUGUACUCGGCUCCUCUGUGACACAAACGGCCACUGAGCUGUUAGCAUAAAGAUUCUAAUGCAUAUCGAUCUAGUUUUAAAAAUGAUUUUAAAUAAAAAUCAAACUUUCCCAAAUGUAUUAAGAUUGAUCGUCAGAGAAAUGUAACAUUUAAAUUGUUUUUAAUAAAAAAAAUUCCUGCUGAAGACAAAAAUAAAUUAGAACCUUCACUCUGUUCCUUUCACAAUGAGACUCAACAGGCAAAUUAAAAAUAAUAUUUUAUAAGAGUUUCAGUGACAAAACAAAUAACUUAAUAUCUACAAAGAACUAUACACUUUUUUUUUACAUCAUUUACACUUACAUAUUUUUAUAACAUUUUCUGACACUGGUUUAACUUCUUUCUGAAUAAUUUUCACACUACAUCUUAGAAAAAGACAAACAAACCACUUUAAACAAACAUCUGUCCAAUGUCGGCAUGUCUGUGGCUGAUUGUUGCUCAGCGCUGAAGCCUUUGAGCAAGACACAUCAGACACAAACCUACUUCAAACUGUUCCAAUAUUCAAAAUGACCCAAAAACAAAGUGCAAAUUAAAGAACAAAAGA